AUGGACACGUCGAUAGCGGUGGAUGCGGCGAAGCUGGGGGAGGCUGCGCGGCGCAUGGGGGAUAUUAGUUCGCGGUCUAAAGUGGGGGUGUGGCUGUGGAACAUCUCGCCCGCGCCGCUCUGUGCGUCUCUCGCACCGCCCAACAGCACCCUUUCUGCCGCCGCCGCUGAUGCGCGCGCGUGUUUUGUUCCGCCAUUCGCCUACGACCGCGGAUUCCACGACGUCUGGCUCGCGCGCGCAGCUCUCCGCGCCGCCACCGCCGCCGCCUCUGGGGGCGCAGAUACGGGGAGCGGCGGGACGGCAGGGCGGCAAUUGCUGGCGGAUGCGGACGGCAGCGCCUUCGCGUGCAUAUCCGCGCGGGCUUUAAUCCCCCCAGAUAUACUUUCGAGCGCUUCCCCUGCCGCUGCCGAUUCCGCUCAGAUCGAGGCCGCGGGGGCCGGUAGCGGGAAGGGCGAUCGGGGUGAAGCGGGGUUUGAGGUUUUAGCGGAGGAGUUGCGCAAAUGGGGAAUUUCUGUGGCUGCCCAGACCCUAAUUCCUCAAAUAAAGGCCCGAGUACGGGCAGAGAAGAAAAUAGUUCGGAGAACGUGGAGAGGAACAGUGGUAGAGGAGGCAGUGGCGCAUCAGGAAAGUCUUGAAGAGGCUGGCGCGCUGCUGCCCGCGCUGAGAAUUUGGAGCUGCCCGUUUGGGCGCGGGCAGGGGGACUGCGAGGAGCAGCAGGAGGGGAGGAGGCGGAAUCCACACAAGCAGGUGGUGGUGAAUUGGGAGCUAGUGCAGCAGUGGAAGCAGGGCGGAGAGGGCGCGGCAGGGGGAGCGGGAGGCGCGGAGAGAAUGGGUGGCGCUGGUGGUGGUGAUGCUGGUGGUGUUGGCGGUGGUGCUGGUGGUGUUGUUGGCGGUGGUAGUGCAGGAGUGUGUGAUUCCGCGUGGGUGGUCGUGCGGUGCGAUGGGAGGCAAUCUGACAGCAGUCAAGUGUGCUUCUCUCCCUCCGCCUGCUGCCAGCAGGGCGCCACCACCGGCCUCACUUCCACCACCAACCCCAACACCCUCUCCUCCUCCUCCUCCUCCUUCUCCUCCUUUUCCUCAGUCCUCACCUCCGUCUUCGCCUCCUCCGCCUCCGCCUCCUCCUCCCUAUCCCUUGAACAACCGUCCGCCCAGUGGCUGUGCGGCAUGGCGUCAACAGCAGCCGGCAGCGGGUUUGGGGGGUCAGGGGGGCUCCUGCACGUGCACUCGUCCGGCUACCUCCCCCCAGAUCACAACCCUGCCACCCACCAAAGCCUCAUCGACAGCAACACGGCCUUAGACAGCACCACCAGCAGCAGUAGCAGCAGCGGCGGCACUGAUCCCACGACCAGCAGCGGGGCGGAGUUACAGCGCAGAGGUCUCGACGAGCUGCUCCCUCUAGCCGUGGACCAUCGUAACAUAGUCAUCCUGGUCGCAGCCACCGGCUCCUACGCCUCCAUGCUCAUGUCCUUUGUCUGCAACCUGCGCCGCCUGCUCCUCCCGCUCCCGCUCAUCGCCGCAUUCGACGACGACAUGUUCCGCUUCGCGUCCCUCCACGGCCUCCCUGUCUUCCGUGCCGACACAGGCCCCGCCGGCCGCGACCCCUCCUGCACGUACGGCACCAAGUGCUUCCAGCGCAUCACAAAAGUCAAGUCCAAGGCUGUCCUCCAGGUUCUCAAACGCGGUAUCCACGUGCUGUGGUCCGACGUGGAUAUCGUCUGGUUCCGCGACCCGCUGCCAGAACUCCUGGAAUUUGGCUCCGGGGUUCUUCCCGUACAGAGCGAUGCGGGAUAUGACAAGGAACCCCCCAACGGGCAGGGGAUCACCUCCCCGCACGGGUUCAUCAACUCAGGGUUCUACUUUGCUCGCGCCGAGCCCAUGGUCAUCCAGGCCUUCGAGGCAAUUGUCGCACAUGCUGCAACGACAAAAACCUCCGAACAGCCGAGUUUCUACCAUGUGCUCUGCGGGCCGAAAGGGGAGAACACGGAGGGCGAGGACGAGUGCGUGUGGCCGGGGAACGGGCUGAGAGUCCACUUUAUGGAUCGCUGGCUGCAUCCCAACGGGCUGUCCCACCGCGUGUGGUUCCGCAAGUGGCCGGCUCUCGAGUGCCGCAAGCACAAGUGCGCCACACUGCACAACAACUGGGUGCGGGGGAAGGAGAACAAGCUCGCUCGCCUGCGCAAGGGCGGGCUGUGGUUCUACGAUCCGGACAAUGACAUGUGCAGAUACAACUGGUAUUAUCAGACCGAGGGGAUGGCAAGAGAGGAAGGGACGUUUCUUGGAGUUAAGGAAUGA